AUGGGGGAUGAUGAAAGUCCAUUUGAGCGUGUAUUCGAUGAAUGGCGUUCAUUGAAAGAUGAAUUUGAAGGAAUUGAGGACCGUCAUCGUAUAUAUUUGGGGAAAUUAAAACAGUUGUCCAAGUUGCAAGACGACUGUCAAAAAGCAGUGAGACAUUGCCUAUAUCAGAUAUCCAAAAUACGAGAAGCUCUGAGAGGGUUGAAAGGUAAGGAGCAACCUGAAAGUGCUGAAUAUUUGAAAAAAGUAAAAGAAGGUAUCGCAGAAUUAGAAAGGAGAUCGCAAGAUAUGAAGGGUGAAUUACCUGUGCAAGAUAAUGGGUUAUAUUUAUCGAUUAUUUUGGGAAGUAAUUUAAAUGUGUCGUUAAUGAAUAAAAAUGAUCGUUAUCGAUAUAAACAGGAAUAUGAGAAGUUUAAAGUUACUGUAAACUGUACGCUACUCUUUGUUCUCUUUCUUGCUUACAUAUUUACAUCCAGAAUUCUUGAUUUAGUAAUAAAUUUCAUGUUGGUAUGGUUUUAUUGCACAUUAACAAUACGUGAAGCGAUAUUACGAAUUAAUGGAUCAAGGAUUAAAGGGUGGUGGAUAAUGCAUCAUUACGUUUCUUGCGUACUUUCCGGUAUAACUGUAACAUGGGGAGAUGGCGAAUGUUAUCGAAGUAUUCGGACACAAUUUAUCAUGUUUUGUUUUUUUCUGUUUUUUGUUCAGCUUUUGCAAUGCCGUUAUCAAAAUGGCUGUCUGCGACGUUUGCAUGCAUUAGGACAACGAUACAGCAUGGAUAUAUCUGUCGAGGGAUUUAGCAGUUGGAUGUUCAAAGGACUAACUUUUUUAAUACCUUUCCUUAUGUUAACUUAUGUUUUCCAGUUCUACAAUUCCUAUAAAUUAUAUUAUCUAUCAAAAGCACCAAUUUGUGUUAAUCAGUGGCAGGUGCUAAUUCUUGCAUACGGAUUUUUCCUGGUAGCUUGCUGCAAUGUGUUCACAUUGCUUUCGGUUGUUGUAAAUAAAUGGAAGCAAGGUCAACGGAUGAGCACGUUAAUAGCUCUUCGAUCCAAAUAUUCUACAAUCUCACCUUCUAAAGAGGAAUGA